AUACUGACAAACUCGAUGAAUCUAGUACGAUACCCCCUGAGAUAACUAUGAGUUUCGGGUUCUCAGUUGGUGAUUUCAUCACAGCUCUUGAGCUUGUCGCUACAGUCAUCGACGCCCUGCGCGAGAGCGGAGGUGCCAGCUCGGAGUAUCGAGAAAUUAUACGACAACUAUACUCACUUGAAACGGCUCUCAUUAGCGUAAAAAGACUUGAAGUCGAUCCAGCACAGAAUGCUGAGCUUGUUUCGCUUCAGCAAGCAGCGGCGCAGUGUCAGCUGACGAUCGACAGCUUCUGGAAGAAAGUACAGAAGUACCAGCCUCAUCUGAGAGCUGGAGGUUCUAGUUCAAGGCUGAAGGAUGGCUGGAUGAAAAUCCAAUGGGCGAUGUGUAAGAAAGAGGAUGUGGCGAGAUUUAAGGCCGAUUUAGUUGGACACACGGAGUCUAUCCAAUUGCUGCUUAUGGCGAUGCAAAUGGCUUCGGCAACCCUACAUGAGAAACGCCACGAACAACAAGCCCAGAGCAUCGUUGGAAGGGUUCAGGAUUCGUAUUUUGGGUGUAUGCAGCGUCUAUCAAGCAUAGCCGAAAGCAUCCAGAAUGCACUUGAGGAGGGGAAGAAGUUGUUGGUAAUGACGACCAAGGUGAUGCAGACAAAUAUCAAAGUGUUUCAAGUCGUCCUAGACAUCCAAAGGAUUAUCACGACAAUACCAGGCCAAAUAGACCGGCAGCAGCCAAUCUAUUUUAUUGACGCUCUUGGGAGGAGUUCUCCUUUUCAUUUAGAGUUUGUGCGCUCUCCUGAGGCUCUGGUUUCGAUUCUCAAGAUCAACUUCAAAAAGGUAGGCCAUGCAUCAGAUAUGAUUGAAAGGGGAGAGUUUGUCAUACAAGAUUCUGCUACGAAGAAGGAUGUCAAUCUCGGAAUGGAGUGGGACCUCUGUUUUUCUCCGGGCCAGCGAGUGGAAAUGAGCAUGGUAUUCAAGCGGCGAAUUAGACCAACAAAUAACUGUCCAACUUGCAAAACGGAUUGUGGUAAAUCUACUGAAGAAGAUACCGUGUGUCCAAAUUGUGGAUUGAAUUUUCGCCGAGUACUGGAUUUAAAGGAUGUUUCAGAUAAUAUCAGCGACAUUAAUCUUACAAAUAACGAACCUGGUUUGGUAAAGUCCCCUCAUAUGCUCGGUCCUUCUCUGCCUAUGGACUCUCUCAAACGCAAACGCGGCGGAAAUCAAGAGGAAAUAGACCAGGUUUCACUCUUCCGACGUGUACGCAUCUACAAUAAUAUCCAUCGUUCGACCCCACCAAAUAUACUGCGUUCGGACUUGGAUUAUCGAACAAAAGUAUACGAAUUUAGGAAUAAUGAUUGGUCUGAUCAAGGGACGGGACAUGUCAAUAUUAGGCUAGAACCCAAGGAUGGACAAUGGAUACCAACCCUACAUGUUGAAUGUGAAAUAAACCCUGGUCGACAAUUGCUGCAAUUGCAGAUUGGACGGAGUCAAAGUAUAGCGAAACAGGGAGGUAAAGAAAACAUCGUACGUUUACUAUUAGAGACAAUCUUACAACCCUUUCUAGAAACCCUUCUUAUAUGGACAGAUGAUAGGGGUAUAGAGGUGUCGCUUAGCUUUCAAGAUGGUAGUGGAUGUAUGGAAAUAUGGAAAUAUAUCAACAAUUAUAUACAACGUAUGUUUCGAGGAUGGUGAGAUAUGUUACCAUUGUUUUUAUCUAUUGUCGUGCGCUAGACGACGCAUUUAGAAACACUAAGCCUACUUCUUGCCUAGAGUCUUAGUCGCUAUAUUUGCCGUCGAACGCUGGCGAGCGAUAUUAACGGCAGGGAAAUUGGACACUGGACUUGCAUGAUUCCCGAGACUGGCAUUAGUUUUAAAUACCUUUCAAGGGCUUCCUACUAUUAACGGAGUGAGAUAUUGUUGGCCUUGUGCAUUUUCAUCUUUCGAGACCAGUCGAAGAUUACGAUAAUAAAGGGCAGUCAGAUUCACUCGAGGUUCUCCCAGCAAGGAGGCCUCUGGAAGGGCUUUACGGACUUUGAUUCUAUGAUAUGUGUAGUUAAGGACCUUGAGGAAUGAUCACAACAUAUGAAUAGGAAGCAUAAUGUGCAAGGAAUGAG